CUACACUGGCAGCCACAUUCACUUUCCAGUUCUAUACCCUUCCUUCGCAUUCAGAUCAUGUCAGGGAUUAGUAGCUGGCUCUGGGGAACGUCUCAGCUUGACGAUGCCGUAGACAAGGCGACGUCAGAGCUGCUGCCAUCUGGGGCGGAAGAUAUUGCGCUCAAUCUCGAGAUAUGCGACCAGAUACGGUCCAAGUCUGUCCCAGCGAAGGACGCUAUGCGCGCACUGAAACGGCGGCUGAACCACAAGAAUCCUAAUGUUCAACUGUUAGCGCUGGGGUUGACCGACAUUUGUAUUAAGAAUGGUGGCGACCACUUCCUGACGGAAGUAGCUUCCAGAGAAUUCAUCGAUAACCUCGUCUCAAUACUCAAAAUGCCAGCGCUCAAUGCUGAUGUCAAAGGUACCAUCUUAAGGCUUAUUCAGAAUUGGAGUGUAUCGUUUGAAGGAAAGCCGUCGUUGUUGUAUGUUACUCAGGUGUAUAAGACUUUGAACAUGGAAGGAUUUACUUUCCCCCCUAAGGAUCUUACGGUCACCAAUUCAGCCAUGGUUGACACCCAGACAGCCCCAGAGUGGAUUGAUUCUGAUGUCUGCCUGCGUUGUCGAGACCCAUUCACGUUCACGAAUCGCAAACACCACUGCCGGAAUUGUGGCCAAGUCUUUGACCAGAAAUGUUCCUCGAAGUCAAUUCCUCUCCCUCAUUUUGGUAUAGCUCAGGAUGUACGCGUAUGCGAUGGUUGUUAUUCCAAGAUACACAAGAAGGCCGAGAAGGCGAACAAGACCCAUCGGCAUUCUACAAGCCUUCAUGGUAGCCGUCAUCGUACAGCACGAGAUCUUGCCGAUGCGGAGUUGCAGCGGGCCAUCCAGUUGUCCCUUCAAGAAACAGGGUUGAACGGCGCCUCUCGGCCAGGUUAUGUUCCUUCUCCCCCCACCUGGCAGUACUCAGAGCCUCCCCUCGUCGACCGUACUACGCAUCCCCGCCCGUCCAUUGUCGAUGAAGAAAAUGAUCCCGAUUUGAAAGCUGCCAUUGAAGCCAGCCUCCGUGAAGCGUCUGCUCCGAAAGCCAGCGCCCCUAUUGCGGUGGAAACGCCGCGCUCAGAAGCCCCCUCUUCUGAAUAUUCAGGUCCUGGCUACUCUCAGUCGUAUCCUCCUGGGGUUGUUCCCCCUCAUCCUUCUCUUCCAAAACUGUCAAACUAUGACCUCGAACCUCUUGAGUCGGAUGCCAUUUUAACCUUCAGCCAAACGAUCGAACAGGUACAAAGCCAAGACGGGAGAGAUAUAUCCAGAUAUCCUGCGGUAAAUGAGUUGUAUGAUAAGGCGAAUAGUUUGAGGCCUAAGUUAGCAAUGAGUCUUGAUGAUGCAGGGCGGAAAGAAGAAAUGCUCGCGGAUAUGCACGACAAGCUGUCACAGGCUGUUAAGCUUUACGAUCAAUUACUGUCGGAACAGGUUGCCCAUCCUCGUUGGCGAUCCUCACAGGCGUAUGAACAACCCGUUUCCAACUAUGGCCAGUCCCAGCCUUUGACAAAUGGAUAUUCCCAAUGGCAGAGUCCGUAUCAAGUCGCAUCAGUAUCUUCACCUCAAUCAGCCCUACCACCAUCGUCUUAUUUUGCUCCCGCUCCUGUUCCCACUCAGCCAACCCCUGCACCAUCUCAGCAGUACAGCUACGUAGGAUCGUCUCAACAAUAUUUACCGCCUCUACAAGCUGGCGAGAACACCUCUCCAAUUUCACAAACGUACCAGUCUGAACCCGUUCCUAUGUCUCCUCUACAGGAAGCCCCGCCAAUCUCUUAUAGCACAUAUCCCCUGCCUGAGAAACAUUCAUCACCGGAAAUUCAAACGACAUAUCAGGUUCCGCCUGCCCCGGUUAACGCGGCUCCUGUGUCAGCCCCGGAGUCUUUGCCGCCGACUCAACACACACCUCCCGCCUUGACCCGACAAAACACGGUCUCUUCAUAUUCAGUUCCUACUCCUCAGCCGCUGCCGUCACGAAGUAAUACCGUCCACACUACUUAUCGGCAAGCACCACACCAGCAAGCUCAACGGUACGCGCCGACACCACCAUCUCUUCCCCAGUUUCCAGUUGCUCCUACGUCAGCUCCUCAGGCGUUCUCGAUGUACGAACCGUCAAUACCUACAGGAGUGGCGCAGAGAGAAGAGCGGCAGGAGGCCUUGUUGAUUGAUCUAUAAUUUUUUCCGCAAUCUAUGUAGUUUUUAUUAACCACGUACAUAUAGCAUGCAUUUGACCGUAAAUUCUUGGGAAUAGUUUCUAAUUUCCCAUUGAGAUCAGCGAUUCAAGAAUGCGGUUAUGUCGAUAUGUAUUCCACCAUGUAGAGUAUCCCGAGCUGCAUAAAUGUGCAGGUUGAAGGAUAGCGUUGCUUGCAGC